UACGUCAUAAUAGAUAUUACAUUACUAAUUCUUGUUCUUAUCACUCGUUCCAAUUAGCGUUUCAUUGAGCCCUUCCGAAACGUUGUUGGAAAAUAUUAUCAAUAUACUUUAGCCAUAAUUGAACAUUAUUUUCUAUUAGUCAUAUUGUAAAUUGAAUAUUGUUUAAAUAAGUCAUUCAGAACCGUGGUUACCAUUGUAAUAGUAGUGUCGUGUUGCAGUUGAUUGAUCCUCGAAUCAGUUUUUCGUUUACUAUAGAAAUUGAUAAAGAAAAAUGAAAUUUGUGGUCCUUUGUCUCUGUAUCUUUUUAUGUGGAAUCAAGAGUGUUAGCAUGGUGGUGGUGCUGAACGGCGUGCUCGCGGACGAGUGCCCGACGUCAGUGCGUGCGCUACUUGCCGCGCACCCUGGCUACAGAGAUGCUGCAGCACAACUAUUGGCGGCCGCCGCCAGGGUCGUACCACCGCCUGGCUUGCUCUAUGUAGGUCAACGGGAAUUAGCAGCUGUGGUACCACAUGACAAAAACGUCAAUAUCAUUGGAUCAGAUGACGCCACAUCAUGCAUUAUCGUCGUUAUCAGGCAUUCAGGGUCUGGAGCGGUAGCCCUAGCCCACUUAGAUGGGUCCGGAACAGCGGAGGCGGCGGCGGCGAUGGUGUCGCGAGUACAACAGCUGGCCGUAGGGUACCCAGAGGGCAGGCUCGAGUUACAACUGGUCGGAGGCUUCACAGACCCUCACCGCUAUUCUGAUGAGCUGUUCGCUAAUAUUAUGUUAUCAUUCCACCGGCUCUCAGUUGAGAUAGACCUAACACUGGCUUGUUGCUGUGAGUUGAACACGGCGCUGGGCGGUGGGUCUGCCGCACCCCUUGUCACCGGCGUCGGUGUGGACAUCCGCGCCGGUGAUCUCUUCCCUGCCACAUUCCCAGAUAAAGGACCCGAGUUGCCACUAAGAGGUGCCCGGACUAUUACCAGUGGACCACAUUCCGCACAGGUGCUAGAUAUCUAUGAUAAUACGGUGGGUCUGCUCCGCAUCGGGCCCUUCAACUACGAGCCACUGCGCGGCGUGGACCUGUGGCUGGAACAGUCUGACGACUUCAUCCUGCAGCAUCUUAGCACUACGCCUGCCGUCGAGCCGCCGCAUUUCGUGCACAAUAUUCGCGUGACCCUGAAAUUCAUACAGCAGCACCCGUUCCCGGCUGUGACAGUGUUCCCGGACAAUCGCUCGCAUUAUUACCGCCGCGACGAGCAAUCCGGCUGUUGGGUACCCAUGCGCUUCUAAACACCAACAUACUCUGAUAAAAGUACCAUUUCAUCAAAAUUAUCAGUAGUAUUUGUUUUUUAGGACUGACACAUUUUAGUAUAUUAUAUAUGGCGAAGCUAGUUAUAUUCAGAUAUUUACAUUGACCUUCUUUUAGUUUUCAAUUGUGCAAUUGUUUUUUAGUGGCGCUAGUAUCGCUUUUUGGACACUUAGUGCAUUACGCCAACGAUGUAGAAUUCAUUCUUCCACAAAAUAGAAACAGGACUGGUUUUGCCUCUAUAAAAUAUUAAAUCUAUUGAUGAAAUAAUUUAAAAUAUAAUAAAUUGUCACCAGUGUUUGUAUAAACUUAAAAGUUUCUUUAGCUCAUAGAAAAAUUAAGUACACAUAUCAAUGUUAGGAGGAGCUAUGAAAAUAUAAAUUAGUUGUACAGGUUGCUAAGUAACAAAAAUUGUAAUGGAAAAAGACCUAUAUAAUAUAAAUUAUGUACUAAAUAAAAACUUCAUAAAUUAAUAAAAUUCUAGUGAAACUAUUCGAAAAAAGCUCUACAGAUUUCGUGUUACACCGAAAUACUGUGAGAUUAUUUUUCAUUGGUUCCUGUUACGACUCGAACCAAUUUGAAGCUGCUUAUAUUAAUUAUUAGCUGGUCAAUACAUGGCUUCAUCAUAUGCAGUGCAGCUAUAUCGUUAAAUAUAGUUUUGAAAUACAAUAUCAAGGUUAAUGAAAAUUCUCAAAGAAAAAUGUGAAUAAAAUUGGAAAAUGAUAUUACAUUGCGUACACGCUUCUAUAGAUUCGGUUUUUUUUUAUUAGGAUGACUUUUUUAAUAUUUACUUACCACGAAGUUGUAGUAAUGGUAAACCCGAGUUAAAUUAUCGAAUCAUUCAAUCGAUUUUUUUCCAUUUUUAGUGUUGGCAAGACUUAGAAGUGUUGUCAUAAGAUAACAUUAAAAUGACAACGAUUAAUUCUUCUCUCUAUUAACAGUUCUAGUAAUUUAUUUUUUAUACUUUUAAUAUUCAUAUGAGCAUUAUUGAAUUCAUUGUGUCUUUUUACCUUGGAAUAGGAUCUAAAAUUGUAAAACAGGGACAUUUUCAAUUUUUGCCUUUUUUAAAGUUAUGCUACGCUUUAUAAGCGAAUCAAUUCAUUUUCAAGCAGUUCAAAGACAUCGCUUAAAAAGUAUACUCCAGCUGAUCAAACUAUCCAAAAUUACAAGUUUUCAAAUACACUAUCAGCCUUACAUUGUUGUAAUAAAGUUGACAAUCGUUUGAUAUAACGUAGACGAGUUUGAUAUGCUGAAGUAUAUGCGUAAAUAUAUUUUUGUUUUAUUGUGAUAAUUGAGCUAGUAAUAUGAUAUUUUUUUCAUUUAUAUUAUUAUAGACAAAAGUAAAGCUAUGAUAGUAGUGACCUUAUGAUUUGCUAAUGAUUUUAUUGUGAAAUAAUUAAUGAGGAUGGAUU